AUGGCAACCGUGCUCUUACCAGCGGGUCCUGAUGGCUUGCGGCAGUUCACUCGAGAGUCUCUGGCGGCCAUCGAGCAAAGGAUCAGCGAAGAGCAAACAAAGAAUGCGAAGGAAUACCAGGCGGACCCUGGGGACAUGGAGGAGCCCAAACCCCGCGCCGAUCUGGAAGCCGGGAAGCAGCUGCCUCGUAUCUUUGGCGACAUCCCCACAGGAUUGGUUGGAGUCCCGCUGGAGGACAUUGACCCAUUUUACUUCAAAAAUCAGAGGACCUUUAUAGUACUAAACAAGGGAAAAGCCAUCUUCCGCUUCAGUGCCACAUCUGCGCUUUACAUAUUUAGUCCUUUUCACUGCAUUAGAAGAAUCUCCAUACGAAUUCUCGUCCAUUCAUUGUUUAGCUUGUUCAUCAUGUGCACAAUUUUGACAAAUUGCUGCUUCAUGGCAAUGUCGGAUCCUCCACUUUGGGCCAAGUACCUUGAGUGUACAUUUACUGGCAUUUACACAUUUGAAUCAUUGAUUAAGAUCUUGGCCAGAGGAUUCUGCACAGAGCCCUUCACAUUCCUCAGAGACCCAUGGAACUGGCUGGAUUUCAGUGUCAUCGUCAUGGCGUAUGUGACAGAGUUUGUGGAUCUCGGCAACGUAUCAGCAUUACGGACAUUCAGAGUUCUGCGUGCUCUAAAAACAAUAUCAGUGAUCCCAGGUCUAAAGACGAUUGUUGGUGCUCUCAUCCAGUCAGUUAAAAAGCUAGCAGACGUGAUGAUCCUUACUGUAUUCUGUCUCAGUGUCUUCGCUCUGAUUGGUCUACAGCUCUUCAUGGGCACCUUACGACAGAAGUGUGUUCGUAGCCCCGCCCAUUGUGUUAACUCCACCUACCCCGGCAAUGGAAGCUUCGUUUGUAACAACAGGACCUGGCUUUCCGUGAAGGACUUCUUAACGAAUGAAGACAAUUUCUACAAAAUCGAAGGAUCCAAGGAUGCCUUAAUAUGCGGAUACAGCAGCGAUGCUGGGAAGUGCCCUGAUGGGUUUGACUGUUUGAAAACGGGUCGGAACCCAAACUACGACUACACGAGUUUUGACACCUUUGGCUGGGCCUUCCUGGCUCUCUUCAGACUAAUGACACAAGACUACUGGGAAAACCUCUACCAUCAGACUUUGCGAUCUGCAGGCAAGACCUACAUGAUCUUCUUUGUGCUGGUGAUAUUUCUGGGUUCGUUUUACCUGGUAAACUUGAUCCUGGCAGUGGUGGCCAUGGCAUAUGAGGAGCAGAACCAGGCGACCAUCGCAGAGGCCUGGGCCAAAGAGAGAGAGUUUCAGCUGGCAAUGGAACAGCUACGCAAAGAACAGAGGGCAUUAGCAAAACAACGUAGAAAAGAAGCUGAGCUGGCCCAGGAAGCGGAAUUCCCCCCGUCUCCUUUCUCCCGGAAAGACUCAAUGAAACCAUGUCAUAGCAGAACAAGAUCGCACAGAAUGCUAUCUGAGGAGAUAGAAGAUGACUCAGAUCUCCGAUCACUCAAGUUUGAUCCGUUUGAUGAGAAAGUAAGUGAUGUGGUCUUUUUGGGUAUAAAGCCAGCUCACCCUCUCCUAGCGACUCUCUCGUCUCAUCCUCUGAGCACUCGUCGCGGAAGCCAAAUCAGCAUGUUCACUUUCCGCCCGCGGAACAACUCUGAGGCCGACUUUGCUGAUGACGAACACAGUGUCCUUGAUGAUGGGCGGAGCCGGGCGGGCUCCAUGGCAACGCCGUGGCACAAGCGUCGUACGGGCAGCAUCAGAAGUCACUCAUCACAGGUGUUGAUGCCAACCCUUGCCCUCAAUGGCAUACUAAACUUUUCUCUGGACCAGAAUGGCAUGACCAGCAUUAGGCCGCACACGGCCACCUCUUUGCCAGCGUUCAGCAUGGAAAAGGUGAAGGAGGACAUGGUCAGUAAAGCUUAUGACCAAACCACUGCAGCUCUCAAGCCAACUGCUGACGUGCAGGAUGAAGUCCCGCCACCUCGUAGAAAGAGAGGCCUGAGCUCUGUCAGCUUCUUCAGUGAUGCCAUAGACGAACUUGAAGAAGCUCAUCAGAAAUGUCCUCCAUGCUGGUAUGCAUUUGCCAAGAAGUAUCUAAUCUGGACAUGUUCUCCAGCCUGGUUAAGACUGAAGGAGAGAGUUAAAGUCAUGGUGAUGGACCCCUUCCUGGACCUGGCCAUCACUAUUUGCAUUGUCCUCAACACAUUGUUCAUGGCACUGGAGCAUUACCCCAUGACUGAGGAAUUCAACAGCAUGCUUAGUGUUGGAAACCUGGUGUUCACUGGAAUCUUCACAGCUGAGAUGGUACUGAAGGUCUUCGCUCAGGAUCCAUACUAUUAUUUUCAGCAGGGCUGGAAUAUCUUUGAUGGAGUUAUCGUGUGUUUGAGUCUGAUGGAGUUGGGCCUUUCCAAUGUGGAGGGUCUAUCUGUCCUCCGCUCGUUUAGACUGCUGCGAGUUUUUAAAUUAGCAAAAUCAUGGCCCACCCUCAACACGCUGAUAAAGAUCAUCGGCAACUCUGUGGGUGCUUUGGGUAACCUGACGCUGGUGUUGGCCAUCAUCGUCUUCAUCUUCGCUGUGGUGGGCAUGCAGCUGUUUGGGAAGAACUAUCAGGACUGUGUUUGUAAGAUCAGCUAUGACUGCACCCUGCCUCGCUGGCACAUGAAGGAUUUCUUCCACUCGUUCCUCAUUGUGUUUCGGGUAUUGUGCGGGGAGUGGAUCGAGACCAUGUGGGACUGUAUGGAGGUGGCCGGACAGCCACUUUGCAUUCUGGUCUUCAUGCUGGUCAUGGUUAUAGGAAACCUUGUGGUGCUGAAUCUGUUUCUGGCCCUGUUGCUGAGCUCCUUCUGCUCUGAUAAUCUGUCAGCGCCUGAUGAAGACGGAGAAAUGAACAACCUUCAGAUCGCCAUCGCAAGAAUCCACUUCGCUUUCAUGUGGCUGCUUAACGGCAUCAAAGACCUUUGCAGUGGGAACCUGGUACGGCGUAGACAGAAAGCCAAGGAGGCUCAGGGGACCCUGAAAGUGAACCACACAGAGUGCAACGGCGGUCUGCGAAGGUUCGCGCAGUAUGGAGAGAAGAACAUCAUAGCGGAAGAAGAGGACAGUUACAUGACCAAUCCAAACCUCACUAUCUGUGUGCCUAUCGCACCAGGAGAGUCCGACGUGGAGUUCCCCGAGGAAGAGGACGAAGACACGGAGUCAUCAGAGGAUGAAAAUCAGAAACAGGUGAGAGUGAUGAGCUGCUCUGAAGGAAGUACUGUAGAUCUGAGGAAGCCUGGAGAAGAUGAGGAGGAGUAUUCUGAGAUGGCAGAGGAUGCCAUGGACCCAGAAGAGUGUUUCCCUGAGUUUUGCAUGCAACACUGUAAGUGCUGUAACAUUAAUACAACACGAGGUGUGGGACAGAUGUGGUGGAGAUUAAGGAAGACCUGCUAUCAGAUUGUGGAACACAGCUGGUUUGAGACCUUCAUCAUCUUUAUGAUUCUCCUCAGCAGUGGAGCUCUGGCAUUUGAAGACAUCUACAUAGAACAGCGAAAGGUGGUGAAGAUGGUGUUGGAAUAUGCUGACAAGGUCUUCAGCUACAUAUUUGUUCUAGAGAUGUUUCUGAAGUGGAUCGCAUAUGGCUUUAAGAAAUACUUCACAAACUACUGGUGCUGGCUGGACUUCCUCAUCGUUGAUGUGUCUUUGAUUAGUUUGGUGGCUAACUCUCUGGGCUACUCGGACUUUGGGGCCAUUAAAUCUCUGAGGACGCUAAGAGCUCUGAGGCCCCUGAGGGCUCUGUCUAGAUUUGAAGGAAUGCGGGUGGUAGUGAAUGCUCUCAUUGGGGCCAUCCCGUCCAUUAUGAAUGUCCUGCUGGUUUGCCUGAUCUUCUGGCUCAUAUUUAGCAUAAUGGGCGUUAAUCUUUUCGCUGGUAAAUUCGGGAAAUGCGUCAACAGGACAGGGUACAUCCACAAUGCAACACUGGUCAACAACAAGACUGAAUGUCAAGCCAUGAAUGACACCCAGUUCUACUGGACCAAAGUCAAAGUAAACUUCGACAAUGUUGGACUUGGCUACCUCUCACUUCUGCAAGUGGCAACUUUCAAAGGUUGGAUGGAAAUCAUGCAUGCCGCCGUCGAUUCUCGUGGAGUUGAAGAGCAGCCCAUCAAAGAGAUAAACCUCUACAUGUACCUCUACUUUGUCAUCUUCAUCAUCUUUGGAUCAUUCUUUACCUUGAAUUUGUUCAUCGGUGUCAUCAUCGACAACUUCAAUCAACAGAAAAGAAUGAUUGGUGGCCAGGAUAUAUUCAUGACGGAAGAACAGAAAAAGUACUACAAUGCGAUGAAGAAACUUGGAUCGAAAAAGCCACAGAAGCCAAUCCCAAGACCAGUGAACAUUCUACAAGGAUUCUUUUUUGACUUGGUGUCCAAGCAAGCCUUUGACAUCACAAUCAUGAUGCUCAUCAUCCUCAACAUGAUAACCAUGAUGGUGGAGACCGACGAGCAGUCUGCUCGCAUGGAGUCCAUCCUCAACAACAUCAACCUGGCCUUCAUCGUGAUCUUCACCACUGAAUGCCUCAUCAAGAUCUUUGCCCUCCGCUGCUAUUUCUUCACAAUUAGCUGGAACAUAUUUGACUUUGUAGUCGUCAUUCUGUCCAUCAUUGGAAUUGUCCUGGCUGACAUAAUAGAAAAAUACUUUGUGUCCCCAACUCUGUUUCGAGUGAUCCGGUUGGCAAGAAUUGGACGAGUUCUCCGACUAAUACGAGCAGCCAAAGGAAUAAGGACGUUACUUUUUGCCUUAAUGAUGUCGCUGCCGGCGUUGUUCAACAUCGGCCUUCUACUCUUCCUGGUCAUGUUCAUCUAUGCCAUUUUUGGCAUGGCAAACUUCGCCUACGUGAAGAAGCAGGGCGGAAUUGACGAUAUGUUCAACUUCGAAACUUUUGGGAACAGCAUGAUCUGUCUUUUCCAGAUCACCACAUCCGCUGGUUGGGAUAACCUUCUGGAUCCCAUUCUGAACAAUUCUCCAGAAGAAUGCAACGCAAAUUACGUAAACACAGGAACCAAUACUAAGGGCAACUGUGGCAAUCCCUCAGUAGGAAUCGCCUUCUUCGUCAGCUACAUCAUCAUUUCCUUUUUGAUCGUGGUCAACAUGUACAUCGCUAUCAUUCUCGAGAACUUCAGCGUGGCCACCGAGGAGAGCACGGAACCACUCAGCGAAGACGAUUUUGAGAUGUUCUAUGAGGUUUGGGAGAAGUUCGACGUUGAGGCCACACACUUCAUCGAGUACUCCAAACUCUCCAGUUUUGCGGACAGCCUUUCGGAACCUCUGCGGAUCGCCAAACCCAACAAAAUCAAGCUUAUCCACAUGGACUUACCUAUGGUGAAUGGAGACAGGAUCCACUGCUUGGACAUCCUGUUCGCCUUCACAAAGCGUGUUCUCGGUGAGACUGGGGAAAUGGAUGCUCUCAAGCAGCAAAUGGAGGAGAAGUUCAUGAUGGCAAACCCCUCCAAGAUAUCAUAUGAGCCCAUCACCACAACACUACGGCGAAAGCAAGAGGAACUGUCAGCGACCAUGAUUCAGCGUGCCUACAGGGGGCACCUGGUUAGACGGCAAAUUAAGCUGGCUUCUUAUCUGUACAGGCAGAUACAUCAGGACACACCUGUGAAUGAGGACGACGCUCCAGAGCGGGAAGGACUUAUAGCCUCUAUGAUCAAAGAGUACUAUGGUCCCAAAAGGGGGGUACAUGUGGGCUCUCUGUACUUUGCAUCCUGUCCCCCAUCUUAUGAGACAGUCACUAGGUCUCCUGGUGACCGAUUCCAGGUGUUAAUUACUGCCUGUAGUGAGUCUGCAUCCUGUGAGCUUCAUACCUCGGAGGAGACGUAUGACGAGACUUUUCUUUAGAACCUUUUUUUAAGACAGGUCUUUUUAGUAGACAUUUUUUGCUUUUUUUAAAACACGUUUUGAUGUGUAAAUGAAUAAGUACUUAAAGGAAUGUUCCAGGUUCAAUACAAGUUAAGCUCAUUUGACAGAAUGUGUGGCAUAAUGUUCAUUACCACAAAAUAAUUUAGACUCAUCCCUCGUUUAUUUUUUUUAAAAAAGGGAAAAAAAUUGCAGUUACAGUAAGGCACUUACAGUGGAAGUGAUUGGGGCCAGUCCCAGUCAACGAUAAAACAUUGUACAUGUUAACAUGGUUUUAAUUUGAUAAAAUUGCUUUUUUAUUUUACCUUAUCGGUGUAAAGUUUUAAUUUGUUGUCAUACCGACGUAACACAGUAAACCCUGUAAUCUGGUAAACCGCCUUAAUGCCAGUAAAUCCCUAAUUUUUUUAAAUUAAAAUCAUGUUAUAAUGAUAUUAGUAUAAAAUUACAGUGUUUACAUCUUUUGACUAUACUUUUGAAACAGUGUGCAUUUUACCGUUUAUGGACUGGCCACAUUCACUUCCACUGUAAGUGCCUUACUGUAACCUCUAUUUUUAUUUAUUUUUUUAAAUAAAGGAGGGACGAGUCUAAAUUAUUUGUAGUGAUAAUCAGCAUUAUGCCACAAAUGCUGUCAAUUGAGCUAUACUUGUAUGGAACCUGGAACAUUUAUUUAAUCAGGAAGAAUUCUACUGCAAUGCAAACAAGAUUUCAUUUUUUUAAUGUCAUUUGCUUUGUCAGAAUAUGCAACAGUCUGGAGUAACUCCUGGGUAUAUAUUGAAAUACAUUACGCAUCCUUCACGGACAUGUUAUUUUGUAAUAAAUCUACUGUUGAGAUGAAAAUAUCAGGGUAAAUAAAUAGAGGCAUGUAGAGAAUUUACUUUAUCUCAAACGAUGUGUUGCACAUAUCACAGUGAUAACAGAACUGUUAUAUAUUGCACAGCUGUUAUUUUGAUUGUUUCCUGUUAAGCUUAACAGACCACAUAUUUUUCCCAGGAUUACAAUAUCUAAGCAGAGUUUUCCGUUGCUCAGGAUUAAGUGACGAAUGUUAUCACUUUUUUAUACUUGAUGAGAGUAACUGGAUGCUUGGUCUAGAGUAACUGGUAUAAGGAAAAGACCCCUAAAUGUGCUUUGAAUGAUGUAAUGAGGAAUUUUCUUUAAAAGUGAGUGAUUUUGCAUUUAUACAGAAAGUGGUGUGUGAGGACUUUUCCUCCAGUAUAAAGUGAAAUUUAAAUCAGGUAAUAUUACAUUGAGUUUUUAUGUUUUAUUCAAGGGCUUUUCAAUACAACAUUCUCAGUUCACGACACAUGGAAAUUAGAAACACUUAUUACACUCAGUUUAAUAGUUAAAGGAAUGUACCAGGUUUAUACAAGUUAAGCUCAAUCGACAGCAUUUGAUGCAUAAUUACCACAAAAAGUGAUGUGGACUUUUUGCUUUAAAAAAAAAAAAAGAAUAAAAAAUUGCUGUUACAGUAAGGCAAUGGAAGUGAAUGGGGCCAGUCCAUAAACAUUAAAAUCAACAAUAUAGCUUCAAAAUGUAAACAUUAUACACGCUAACAUGAUUUUAGUCUCAUAAAAUCGAUUACUUAUCAUAUCUGUGUGAAGUUAUAACCAAUAUUACAACUUUGUUGUCAUGGCGACAUAAUGUUGGUAAACCCUGUAAUUUGGUAACACAAUAAUGCUGGUAAAUCCCACAUUUUAUCACACUACAAUCAUGUUAACACAUCUAAUGUUGAUGUCUUCUGGCUAUACUUUUGAUACGGUGUGUAUUUUACUGUUUAUGGACUGGCCCCAUUCACUUUCAUUGUAAGCGCCUUACUGUAACCGCGAUUUUUGCUAUUUUUAAUCAACGAGGGACGAGUUGAAAACUUUUUUUGUGUUAAUCAACAUUAUGCCACUAAUGCUCUCAAUUGAGCUUAACUUGUUUUAACUUGGAACAUUCAUUUAAUCAUGUUUGGGUCAUUGAAGAUAUUUCAUAAGCAUUGUCCGAAAUACUGGUAGCCACCAAGCUAUAUGACUGAUAUUUGCUAAUAGAAUACACAUACUAAUCACUGUUUUUU